AUGCCAACAAACUUCACUGUGGUAAAAGUGGAUGACAGUGGGGAUGGCAGCAACAGUGAAGCUGCAGCUGGAUGCAGCAAACCUAUCAGUCUGGACAAAGUCUUUCAAGAAGAGGGGGAUGUUAACAACUCUCAGGAACCUGAGUCAGAGGAAAGUCACAAAGAGUCUACUCCGUUUAUCAACUCAAACAAUGAUGGGGAAUGGAAUUACAAAGACAAAAACAUGGCCCUCUAUGAGGAGGAAAUGGACAGUGCCCCCAUGGUUGCCUCUCUUCUCAACAAGCUGGCCAAAUACACUAACCUCCCCCAGGGCGUUCGUGAGCAUGAGGAGGCUGAAGACGGGGUCACGAGGGUUGCUGUUAUGGUUCCUCAGAUGGGCACAUUUAUUGGGGUUUAUCUGCCCUGCAUGCAGAACAUCUUAGGUGUCAUCCUCUUUCUCCGCCUUACCUGGAUUGUCGGCACAGCAGGGAUCUUGGAAUCUUUGGCCAUCGUCUCCAUGUGCUGCAUCUGUACCUUGCUCACUGCCAUAUCAAUGAGCGCCAUAGCAACUAAUGGAGUUGUACCAGCUGGCGGUGCGUACUACAUGAUCUCCAGGUCACUGGGUCCAGAAUUUGGAGGAGCAGUUGGCCUUUGUUUCUACCUGGGAACCACCUUUGCUGGAUCCCUGUACAUACUGGGUACCAUAGAGAUUCUGCUGACAUACAUCAUUCCACCAGCAGUAUGUACAGAUAAUAACAGUUUAACAAUGCAGAACAAUAUGCGUAUCUAUGGGACGUGCUGCCUUCUUCUGAUGGCUCUAGUAGUGUUUGUUGGGGUGAAGUAUGUGAACAAACUGUCUUUGGUGUUUCUUUCCUGUGUGGUUCUAUCCAUCUUGGCCACAUAUGCAGGAGCCAUAAAGACAUUAAUGGAACCACCAGAGUUUACGGUUUGUCUGUUGGGGAAUCGUUCUCUUAAGAAUGAUUGUUUUGAAACGUGCGCAAAGACAGAAGUCUUCAAAAACAACACUGUCACCACGGAGCUGUGGAAGCAUUUCUGCGGCAGUGAAUAUAGCAAUGCGACCUGCGAUGAGUUCUUCACCUUAAACAAUCUGACAGAAAUCCCAGCUAUACCUGGGCUUCUGAGUGGAGUUGUCAAAGACAACUUGUGGAGCAACUAUGGUCCAACCGGCAUUAAGAUAGAAAAGACAAAUCUGCAUUCUGAAUCUCCUCAGAGCCCAUCUACAGACAACGAUCGGUACUUUGUCUUUAAUGACAUCACCACAUACUUCACAUUGCUGGUUGGGAUAUACUUUCCUUCUGUUACAGGAAUCAUGGCUGGUUCAAACAGAUCUGGUGAUCUUAGAGAUGCUCAGAGAUCCAUCCCAGUAGGAACUAUACUGGCUAUUCUCACCACCUCUUUCCUCUAUAUCUCCUUUGUGAUUUUGUUUGGAGCCUGUAUUGAAGGAGUGGUGCUGAGAGACAAAUUUGGCUUUUCAGUGAAAAGUAACCCAGUGAUUGGUGCUCUAGCCUGGCCGUCCCCACUGGUGAUUGUGAUUGGCUCGUUUUUCUCUUGCUGUGGUGCUGGGCUUCAGAGCUUAACUGGUGCUCCCCGUCUGCUGCAGGCCAUCGCCCGUGAUGGCAUCAUCCCUUUCUUACAGGUCUUUGGUCAUGGCAAGAGAAAUGGUGAGCCCACCUGGGCUCUUUUGCUCACAGUUGGGAUUUGUGAGAUAGGAAUCCUUAUUGCCUCUCUGGAUGAAGUGGCCCCCAUCCUCUCUAUGUUUUUCCUCAUGUGCUAUUUGUUUGUCAACUUGGCCUGUGCUGUUCAAACAUUGCUACGUACACCCAAUUGGAGACCCCGCUUUAAGUUCUAUCACUGGGCUCUGUCCUUCCUUGGCAUGAGUCUCUGUCUGUCUCUCAUGUUCAUCUGCUCCUGGUUUUAUGCCCUGAUUGCCAUUGUGAUCGCUGGCUGUAUUUACAAAUACAUUGAAUACAGAGGAGCUGAAACGGAGUGGGGUGAUGGAAUCAGAGGUCUGUCAUUAAAUGCAGCCCGUUAUGCUCUUAUUCGCCUUGAAGAAGCACCGCUGCACACCAAAAAUUGGAGACCACAGCUGUUGGUGUUGUGCAAACUGAACUCUGAGCUUCAAGUGAAGCACCCUCGUCUCCUGUCCUUUACCUCACAGCUCAAAGCGGGCAAAGGACUAACUAUAGUUUGUUCCGUCCUGGAAGGGACGUACAUGACACGUAAAGAAGAUGCCAAUCAUGGAGAGCAGAACAUGAAAGCGACUAUGACAGCAGAGCGAACCAAGGGCUUCGCCCAUGUUGUUGUGUCGUCCAGCCUGCGAGACGGUUUCUCCAUAAUGAUCCAGUCUGCAGGUCUGGGAGGAAUGAAACACAACGCUGUGCUGAUGGCCUGGCCCGCAGGCUGGAAGCAUCCCACGGACUCCCUUCCUAGAAGAAACUUUAUAGAGACGGUGAGGGAGACGACAGAAGCCAAUCAGGCUCUCCUGGUCGCGAAGAACAUCGAUCAUUUCCCAGACAACCAGGAACGACUGAAGGAGGGAGCUAUUGACGUGUGGUGGAUUGUCCAUGAUGGUGGUCUCCUCAUGCUGCUGCCAUUUUUACUCAUGCAACACAAGGUGUGGAGGAAGUGCAAAAUGCGGAUCUUCACAGUGGCCCAGCUGAAUGAUAACUCUAUCCAGAUGAAAAAGGAUCUGCAGGUGUUUCUAUAUCAUCUAAGACUAGAUGCAGAGGUGGAGGUGGUAGAGAUGCAUGACAGUGACAUCUCAGCCUUCACAUAUGAGAAGACACUGAAGAUGGAGCAGAGAUCCCAAAUGCUAAAGGAGAUGCAACUGUCCCGUACUGAGAGAGAAAGAGAGGCCCAGCUGAUUCACGACCGGAACACAGCAUCUCAUUCCGUGGUCAAUGACAAAACAGAUGGAGCCACGCCUGAUCGUGUCCACAUGACAUGGACAAAAGACAAACUGCUCAAUGAAAGGAACAAACAUAGAGAAGGCAUGGCAGUUAAGGACAUGUUUAAUAUGAAACCUGAAUGGGAGAAUCUAAACCAGUCUAACGUCCGGAGGAUGCACACAGCUGUUAAGCUGAAUGAGGUGGUGGUGAAGAAUUCCAAAAAUUCCCAGUUGGUCCUGCUCAACAUGCCAGGCCCACCAAAAAACAAAAAAGGCGACGAGAACUAUAUGGAGUUCCUGGAGGUUUUAAUGGAAGGACUGGACCGCGUCUUGUUAGUUCGAGGGGGAGGUCGGGAGGUCAUUACUAUCUACUCUUAGCAUAAUCUAGCUUUGAAUCACAUCACAUUUGGAGAAAACAUGGGGCUGUGUGAACCCCGCCUAGAAGUCAAAGAAUAAAACAGCACUAAUGAUGGGAAUCAUUGUCUUCAAGCUGUCGGAUGGGGGGGGAAAGCAAGUUUCAGCUGGUGUUUUAGUUUCAUGAUCUUGCUCUAUAGGAAGGGGAGUUAAAUGCAGCAAGAUGCUGAACUCAGGAUACCCUCUAUUUGUAAAAAAGCUCUCCAUCCCUUCUAACAGG